AUGUUAUCGAAGAGUUGCAUAUUCCCAAAGAAAACGGUUAUAUCUUGUGCUGACUACUAUUUGGAGAUCAAAAGCAGUUACAGGAGUGUGUGUCUGCUGUCUAGUGGAGCAGGGGAGAGCACUUCACCUCAUUUUCUCUUAUUUCUGUCUCGUUUGAGGUUGUUACAUGGUGUUUAUGGAUGCUUAAUAGUAUGCCAUUGGCAUUGUGCCCGUGACAUUGGUGUUGGUACUGCAGUGGCUGCCUCAUUGAGAUUGCUUAUGUGUGCCGUUUGCAAUUGGACUGGAAUUUCAUGUAACAAUCUUAAUUCUAUCUCCAUCAUCAAUUCAAGCAAUCAAGAUCUUACUGGUGAUCUAACCAAUUUCAGUUUCAGUGAUUUCCCAAAUCUAUCUUUUUUAAUUCUUGACACCAACAAUCUUUCUGGACAAAUCCCGGUAACCAUUGGUAAUCUCUCUAAACUCACUCAAUUAGAUAUUAGUAACAAUUAUUUUGAAAGCUAUAUUCCUUCUGAAAUUGGUCAAUUGUCUCAACUUGUAAAUCUUAACCUGUCAAUUAAUAACAUUGCUGAUAUAAUUCCUCCGGAAAUUAGCAAUUUGAGAAAGUUAAGAACCCUAGAUUUGGGUACAAAUUACCUUGAAACCCCUAAUAAUUGGUCUAAGUUUAACUCCAUGCCUGUAUGGACCCACUUAAAUUUUGGGUAUAAUGAGCUAACUGGAGAAUUUCCUAGCUUCAUUUUUGGGUGUAAGAAUUUGACUUAUCUGGAUUUGUCAAUCAAUCAUUUAAUUGGGUUAAUCCCAGAAUCUCUAUUCUCUAAUCUUCCAAAUCUUAAGUACCUUGAUCUAUCUGUGAAUUUGUUCAAUGGGUCAAUAUCACCCAAGAUUUCUAAUCUAUCUAAACUAACUGAACUUCAUUUAAAGUUGAACAUGCUUUCUGGUUCAAUUCCUGAGAGUAUAGGUAAAAUUUCUGGCCUCAAAGUCAUUGAAUUGCGCAAUAAUUCACUUUCUGGAAGAAUACCUUCAUCUAUAGGACAACUUAGGGAGGUUCAGAGAUUUGAUGUUAAUGAAAAUAAAUUGAACUCUAGUAUUCCUUCUGAACUUGGGUUAUGUACUAAGCUUAGUUUUCUAGCUCUUGCUGAUAAUUCACUAACUGGGGAAUUGCCCUUAUCCUUGACUAAACUUAGAAAAAUUUCAGAACUUGGAUUAUCACAAAACAAUCUGUUUGGUGAAAUUUCUCCAUAUUUCUUAACCAAUUGGACUGAGUUGAUCUCCCACGAAACUUUGGUGAACUUCCCAGAUCACUUGAGGAUUGUAGCAAUUUAUUAA